AUGUCAAAGGCAGUAGGUGAUUUAGGUCUAGUUGGUUUGGCCGUGAUGGGCCAAAACUUGAUCUUAAACGCAGCGGACCAUGGUUUUACCGUAGUUGCGUAUAAUAGAACACAAUCGAAGGUAGAUCGGUUUUUAGCUAACGAGGCAAAGGGAAAAUCGAUAAUUGGUGCUACCUCAAUUGAAGAUCUGGUUGCUAAAUUAAAAAAACCAAGAAAAAUUAUGCUCUUGAUUAAAGCCGGUGCUCCGGUUGAUAUCUUAAUAAAGGAGCUUGUACCCCAUCUGGAUAAGGGUGACAUUAUCAUUGACGGUGGUAACUCCCAUUUUCCAGACUCGAACAGGCGCUACGAAGAACUUACUAAGCAAGGUAUCCUCUUUGUAGGUUCUGGUGUGUCUGGUGGUGAAGAAGGUGCCCGUUUUGGUCCCUCGUUAAUGCCUGGUGGGUCCAAAGAAGCUUGGCCUCACAUCAAGACCAUCUUUCAGUCCAUUGCUGCUAAGUCCGAUGGCGAGCCAUGCUGCGAAUGGGUGGGACCUGCAGGGUCAGGCCACUACGUCAAGAUGGUACAUAACGGUAUCGAGUAUGGUGAUAUGCAGUUGAUUUGUGAAGCCUACGAUAUCAUGAAGAGACUGGGUGGAUUCACCGAUAAGGAAAUCAGUGAAGUUUUCACCAAGUGGAACGUCGGUGUCCUUGACUCUUUCUUGAUCGAAAUCACCAGAGAUAUCUUGAAAUUCGAUGAUGUGGACGGUAAGCCAUUAGUGGAAAAAAUCAUGGAUACUGCCGGCCAAAAAGGUACUGGUAAGUGGACUGCCAUCAACGCCUUGGACUUGGGUAUGCCAGUCACUUUGAUCGGUGAAGCUGUCUUUGCUCGUUGUCUAUCUGCUCUGAAGAAUGAAAGAAUUAGAGCCUCCAAAGUCUUGCCAGGCCCACAAAUUCCAAAAGAUGUGGUUAAGGACAGACAGCAAUUUGUCGAUGACUUGGAACAAGCUUUGUACGCAUCCAAGAUCAUAUCUUACGCCCAAGGUUUCAUGUUGAUCCGUGAAGCAGCUGUCACAUACGGCUGGAAACUAAACAACCCUGCCAUUGCUUUGAUGUGGAGAGGCGGUUGUAUCAUCAGAUCUGUCUUCUUGGCAGAAAUCACUAAAGCUUAUAGGGACGAUCCAGAUUUGGAAAAUUUGUUAUUCAACGAUUUCUUCGCCUCCGCGGCUACUAAGGCCCAAUCUGGGUGGAGAAGGUCCAUUGCCCUUGCCGCUACUUACGGUAUCCCCACUCCAGCUUUCUCCACAGCAUUAGCAUUUUACGACGGCUAUAGAUCCGAGAGAUUACCUGCUAAUCUUCUGCAAGCUCAACGUGACUACUUUGGUGCACAUACAUUUAGGGUUUUGCCUGAAUGUGCUUCUGCUAAUUUACCGGUAGACAGGGACAUUCAUAUCAAUUGGACUGGACACGGUGGUAAUAUCUCUUCCUCCACCUACCAGGCCUAG